AUGGAAAAGUUUGACAAUCACUGCGUGGAACUGAAUGAUUAUUUACGUGGCUAUGGGGACCUGUCGACGGAGCCGAUAACUGCAUAUAUUUUUGGAAUUUUUUAUAUGCUAAUUAUUAUUGCCGGAAUUUUAGGCAAUACAUGCGUUAUUCUGGCUGUAAUCAAAUUUCGGUCUUUACAAACAGUGCCAAAUAUGUUUAUAUUCUCGUUAAGUUGUUCAGAUAUUUUAGUUUGUUGCUUUUCGGCAACAAUAACACCAAUUGCUGCAUUUGAAAAACGAUGGGUGUUUGGUGCUUUGUUAUGCAAAUCUGUUCCAUUUUUUAUGGGAAUAACCUUAUGUUUUUCAACGUUUACAUUAGCUUCUAUAUCAGUUGAUCGGUUCCUCUUGAUCAAAUUUCCGACAAAACAGAUGCUCACAAAAAAUAAAGCAUUGCUGCUAAUAUUGUGUAAUGUUGUAAUGGCUGCAUUAUUUUCUUCACCGGUAAUCUUCAAAAUGGGCCUUAUUGAUGGCCGUAAUUUGACGGAUACAGUGCCGAUCUGUGGUGAAUUUUGUGAUGAAAUUGGUUGGGAAACGGCAUAUGGUCGUCGUGUUUAUGGAACAAUAUUAUUUUGUGUUCAAUUUGUUGUACCAUUUUCAAUCAUAUUCUUUUGCUAUUCAUCAAUUUUACAUACCGUACGGCAGCAACGUAUGGUAAUGAAACGUCGUCAACGAACAAAUUGGAUGUUAAUCAGUAUGGUUGUAGUAUUUUCGGCAAGUUGGAUAGGUAAUAUAUUAUUUCAAGCGCUCAAAGAUUAUGAAUUGCUGCCAACUUUUGUACAACAACAAGAAUUUUUAUUCGCCAUAGCUGUACACUGUAUUGCAAUGACAUCAACGGUAAGUGAAUGA